UUGCACAAUUUAUCAAAGCAUGUCAGUGGGCGCCACAUGCCUUGUGUUUAUUUACUUUUAGUGCAGUUGAAAAAGGUCAUAUAAUAUGGCUUCGCUUUUUAUGCUGGACACAGCUGGGCAUAUAAUGCUUGCACCGCGACUUUUUCUGACAAGCACACACCUGUUGCAGAGAUACACCUGCAAAAUAAGUGCAGCAGUCGAGCCGGCUGUCCUUGCCGAUUUGGAACAAGCGGUGAUAAAGCCUAGGAAACAUCCCGGCAUUAUAAAACCCAAUUUUAUCGAGCUUCCCAAACAGUUGAGCGACACGUUAAAACGCAUUGUGGGCGAUCAUCCUGUGAGAAAAGUGCUGCGUGACAGUGAGCUGCUCAAUCGUUAUAUAAAAGCUCGCCAUCCGCCACCAACUCCGUUAGAAAUUGAAAAUAAGAAGCGAUUGAUUGUAGAAGAGAUCAAUUCCAAGAUGCCAUUGGAACGUUUAGCCACGCUCAGCGAGGAAGAGGCAGCGCGUUGGAAACGGAAACGUGAACUAGAGAUUAAUAAGCGUUUGGGUCAGCGCACUUACGCUUGGAAACGGUUGGAAUACGGUGCAUACGAAUCUAUUGUAUAUGCCGUGGGCAGAGCUGCCCAGGAGUAUGCGGUAAUGAAACGCGUGCUCACAGAAAUUCAAUUGCGCGAUGAACAGUUUAAGCCGCGCAGCUACAUUGACUUUGGCUCUGGCAUUGGCACCGGUAUGUGGGCGGCAAGUGAACUCUGGUCCGACAGUAUCUUUGAGUAUUAUAAUGUGGACCGAUCACGAGAUAUGAACGAACUAUCGGAGCUAAUCCUGCAGCAAGGUCAAGAGAAUAAACAAAUUACGUUGCGCAACGUAUUCUACAGACAAUUUUUGCCGGCCAUCGAUACAAAAUAUGAUUUGGUUAUUAUUUCACAUACAUUAUUCGAGUUGGAAGACAAGCAGCAGCGGAAAGAGAUUUUAUUAAAUCUGUGGCGCAAAUGCGAUGGCUACAUGGUAAUCGUGGAGGAGGGCACACGUCGAGGCUGUGAGCUAGUAAACGAAUCUAGACAGUUUCUACUCCGUGCUGAUGAAGAACAUGCGGGACAAACGCUGGCGCCAUGCCCGCACGAUCUGCGAUGUCCACGUCUUCAGGAUUUGGCAGAUCGGACGCCAUGCAACUUUGAAAUUGCUUAUACGCCACUGCGUGUAAGCAGCGAUUCAGCAGUUGAUCGUCGAACUUCGACGUAUAGUUAUGCUAUUUUGAAGAAGGGUUCCAUAGCAGAUGCCACUCGGCAAUGGCCACGCAUUGUGCGACCCACUUUGGUGCGUUCGAAGCAUUCGAUUUGUCGCGUUUGCACGGAAUCUGGAAAUUUGCAGGAAGUCAUCUUCACGGCAUCAAAGCACGGCAAAGCCGCCUACAGUUGUGCGCGAGUCAGUCGCUGGGGUGACCGCCUGCCAAUGGCUCUGGGUACGCCGCAAACUAAGCAAAACAAAGCCGACUCGGAGCCAGCGGAAUAAUCUGAACUGGCGUAGCUCACAAUAUUGUUACAGCAUUUUGUUAACGAUACCCCCGCUCACUAAUCGAUUAGCUUUAAAUAUAAAGCAAACAAUUUGUUGGUUUAAUUAAAUACAAACAAAUCGUUGCGCAGCGUAAAUUUUGUUAAUUAUUUCGAUGCAUUAAAAUGGCAUUUCCUUGAUAGUAAAUCAAACAGCUAGCGCACCCUCAACAUUUAGCAUUUAAUAGCAAGAACACAAAGAGCUGAAAAAAGUAGAGCGAUACAAAGCGGAGCACCAGAGCCAAUAAGCUAAACAGUUGGAUUAAAUAGUUUUCUAUAAGAUAUACGAACGAGUAUAUAAGCUUUGUGUCUCGCCAAUGGUCAGCACUGAAAACACGCCCAUUGCUUAUGUUCCACUGAAGUUGUGGAUGGGUGUUUGGA